AUGGCGCAGAUAAAGAGGAAAGGCCACGGCCAGGAUGAGCCAAGCAGCUCUACGCCGAAGAAAAAGGCCAAGGUGGACGCUGAAGAGCUCAAUGGCGCUUCAAAGCUGAAGAAGAAAUCCAAGGAGCAGAAGGAGCAGAAGGAACAGAAGGAGGCCGUGAAAGUGAGCAAGAAGGAUACAAGCGCCGUUUCGAAAGCUGCGCCGAUAUCAAUGCUGCGAGAUGAACAGCCUGCCUUUCCUCGGGGUGGUAACAACGUGCUCACCCCUCUUGAACGGAAGCAGAUACAGAUUCAAGCUACCAAGGACGUCUUAUUCGAGCAAAAGGGGAAGAACGGUGCGGAAUUUGCGAAUAGUGAAGAUGAAGGAAGCUUGGGCGCAGUAGAAGAUAAGAAGGAUGCUGGUACCAAAUCGAAAAAAAGGAAAGCAAAGGCAUCGAAGACCAAAGAGGCGCCAGCAGCAGCUAAACAAGGAGUGAAGGUUGAAUCCCUCACUUACAAGCGUAUUGCAGUAGGAUCUAGAAUUCUGGGCCAGGUCUCGAGCAUAGGUCUCCACGAUAUCUCACUGGCUCUUCCAAAUAACCUGACGGGCUUUGUGCCGCUAAACGCAAUUUCUAAAUCUUUGACCAGAAAAGUUGAGGCUAUGCUGGGAGAUGACAAGAGUGAAGACGAGGAGGACGAGGACGAUGACCUUGAGUUGAAGAACUAUGUCAGAGUUGGGCAAUAUUUGCGCGCAGCUGUCACCGCCACUAUCAGAAAUGAGGAUGAUAGGAAAGUGAAAAACAAGAAACAUAUUGAACUCUCUAUUGAACCUCAUGCUGCAAACUCGGGCCUAACAAAGGCCGAUAUGGUGGUCAAUGCUACAGUCCAAGCUUCGGUUAUAAGUGUCGAAGAUCAUGGCCUCGUUAUGGAUCUGGGCUUGGAAGACAAUGAAGCCAAGGGGUUCAUUUCCUCUCGAGAGUUACCUGCGGGAGUUGACAUAUCCACUGUUAAAGAGGGAUCAGUCUUCUUAUGCAUUGUUACCGGUCAAAAUGCCAGCGGGACUGUCAUUAAGCUCUCUGCAGACCUUCCUUCCGCUGGUUCUGUCAAAAAGGCCCAUUUCCUAAACACGGCGCCAACAAUCAAUGCAUUUCUGCCAGGAACUGCCGCUGAGAUACUAAUUACUGAAGUGACUCCCCGCGGGAUGAUUGGAAAAAUCAUGGGAAUGUUAGAUGCUGUGGUAGACGUUAUUCACUCUGGGGCUAGCGACGGGAAAAAGGACCUGACUACAAAGUACCAUGCAGGUGCAAAGAUCAAGGGCCGGCUCAUCACCACAUAUCCCUCCAGUGAUCCAGUCAAACUUGGUUUCUCCAUUCUUGACAGUGUUCUGAAGUUCUCUCCCACGGCCACCCUUGUGAAUGGAGCCGAUGAUGACCUGCCCUCAAUCUCAGAUAUAAUACCCGAGGUUAAGGUUACCUAUGUCGAUAGCUCCCUGGGAUUGUACGUUCAACUGGGCUCUACCAAACAUCAAGGGUUCGUACAUCUCUCCAGGCUUGCAGAUGGACGAGUUGAUUCUAUUUCCUCUAUCGAGGGACCAUAUAAAGUAGGUUCAACUCACGAAGGCAGGAUAAUUGGCUUCAGUGCUAUGGACAACCUGUUCUUGGUGUCUUUGGAGCCAAAGAUCAUUGAACAGCCUUUCUUCCGUCUCGAGGAUGUGACUGUUGGUAGCGUUGUGAAGGGAAAGAUUGAGAAACUUCUCAUUAAGCCGGAAGGUAUCAAUGGGUUGAUAGUCUCUUUGACAGAUAGCAUUUCUGGCCUUGUACCAGAAAUGCAUAUGGCUGACACCAAACUACAACACCCGGAGAAGAAAUUCCGAGAGGGUCUCAAAGUCUCCGUUCGAGUUUUGUCUGUCGAUCUACAAAAGCGUCAGCUCAGGUUGACUCUGAAAAAAUCACUUCUGAACAGUGAUUCAGCUCCUUGGAAGGACUACGAAAGCAUCUCGGCAGGUAGCCGAUCCCCGGGAACCCUGAUCAAAAUUCAGAACAAUGGAGCGAUUGUGCAGUUCUAUGGCGCCGUCAAGGGUUUCCUCCCAGUCUCCGAAAUGAGCGAAGCCUACAUUAAAGACCCUUCACAACAUUUUACUGUUGGUCAGGUCGUUAAUAUACAUGCUCUUACCGUUGAUGCAGAGAAUGAAAGAUUGGUUGUCUCGUGCAAGGACCCCUCUACUGUGACUGCAGACUACCAAUCGGCUUUUGAAAAUGUUCAUCCAGGACUUGUAGUUUCUGGAACCGUUUUCGAAAAGUCAAGCGAUGACUUGCUUAUCAAAUUACAGGACUCAGGCCUGAUCGCAAGACUUACUUCCGACCAUAUCUCCGACGGCUCCUCGACAAAACGUACGUCUACUCUGAACCGUAUCAGAGUUGGUCAGAAGAUGGACGGUCUUUUAGUUUACAGAGUGAAAAAAUCCCAUCGCCUCAUCGAAGUUACCAACAAGGCUACUCUCAAGGAAGCCGCCGCUGAGGGAAGGUUACCAGCCAAAUUCGAAGACAUCAAACACGGUUUGAAAGUAACUGGCAUCGUCAAGAAUAUCAUCCCCGAGGGAAUAUUUGUGGAAUUUUUGGAUAACCUCACCGGCCUGAUACCUAAGCGCUUGGUUGAUGAUGAUCAUGCUUCUCGACCUGAUUUCGGAUACAGUCGAUUCCAGGUGAUCUCCGCUACAGUUUGCGCCGUACAAGAGGAUUCGGACCGUUUCCUUCUUAGUUUAAAACCUGUGUCAAAGCUCAAACAGCAGUCUGACUCCAGCUCAGCAUCAGAAAAGAAGGCUCCUGCUGUGGUCUUGAAUAAUCCCAUUGAUGAGGAAUUGAAGGCUAUGGAGGACAUUGUAGUUGGAAAGAUCACCAAAGCCAAAAUUACAUCGGUCAAGGAUACACAGCUCAAUGUUGUUCUAGCCGACAACGUUCAAGGAAGAAUCGAUAUUUCUGAAAUAUUUGACUCCUGGGAAGACAUCAAGGACCGAAAACGCCCUCUUAAAUCAUUCCACUCCAAGGCGAUCCUUCCAGUCAGGGUUCUUGGAAUUCAUGACGCUCGAAAUCACAAGUUCCUGCCCAUCAGCCAUCGGUCUGGUAAAGUAUCGGUUUACGAGCUCUCUACUAAGCGCAGCUGCCUUCAGGCGAGUGAGUUCAAACCUCUUCAUCUGGAACAACUUAAGGUUGGGGACCGUUAUAUCGGAUUCGUGAACAACAUUGCGGAAGACUGUCUAUGGUUGAACAUUUCACCUAAUGUACGAGGGCGGCUUCGCAUCACUGACAUUUCCGACGAUAUUUCAAUCAGAGGAAAUAUCCAGAAGAAUUUCCCUAUCGGCUCGGCACUACAAGUGGCUGUAACCGGGAUAGACGUUGAGAAAAAUCGACUUGACUUGUCAGCAAGGAUCGGAAGUUCAGCUAAGACACUGACCGUUGCGGACCUAUCCAAGGGGAUGAUACUGGUGGGACGAGUUACCAAAAUAACUGACCGCCAAGUGUUGGUCCAAAUUAAUGACAAUGUUGUCGGUGCUAUUUCUCUUAUUGAUAUGGCCGAUGAUUAUACCAAGGUCAACCCAACUAACUUCCACAAGAACGAAGCUCUGCGUGUCUGUGUUGUCGAUGUCGAUAUUCCAAACAAGAAGAUUUCUUUCUCUGUUCGGCCAUCAAAGGUUCUUAGUUCCUCGUUGGCUGUUGUCGAUCCUGAAAUAACUUCAAUCGAUAACCUCAAGGUCGGCCAGAUCGUCCGUGGGUUUGUUCGAAGAGUUGACAACAUUGGAGUCUUUGUGACUCUAGGACACGAUGUGACCGCUUAUAUCCGAGUUUCAGAUCUUUCGGAUUCGUUUUUGAAGGAGUGGAAGGAUGAGUUCCAGGUUGACCAGCUCGUUCAAGGUAGACUUACAGUCGUGGACAAGGACAACAACAAGAUACAGAUGUCACUGAAGAAAUCAGCGUUGGAUCCCAACUAUAAACCGCCUUUCAAUCUAAAGGACUUAAAGAUUGGUCAAAUUGUUACCGGUAAGGUUCGAAAAGUCGAAGAGUAUGGUGCUUUCAUUGCCAUUGACGGCAGUGCCAACCUAAGUGGGUUGUGUCACAGGUCCGAGAUGGCAGAGAAGCGUGUCGAAGAUGCUACCCAGCUGUACGAAAAGGAUGACAUCGUCAAGGCAAAGGUCUUGAAAGUUGAUCUGGAGAAAGGCCAAAUCGCGCUAGGCUUGAAAGCAUCAUACUUCAGGGAUCUCCCAGAAGAGGAAGAGAGCGACGCCAAUUCCAGUGAUGAUGAAGCAGGCGGUAUCAAGCUUGAUGUUGGAAGCGAUUCAGACGACGAUGUAUCUAUGGGAGGGGUUGACCUUGAAGGAGAAGACGACAAAGAGGAAGAGGAAGAUAGUGAUGAAGAUAUUGAAAUGGAAAACGCUCCUGAUAGCACUAAAAAGGGCGGACUUGUUACCUCUGGCUUUGACUGGACUGGCGAUGGAGAUAAAGACAUGAAUGAGACUGCCGAUGAGUCUACUGAGGAUGAUGGCGCUACCAAGAGGAAAAAGCGCCGGAAAGCUGAGAUUCAAGUGGACAGAACUGGCGACCUGGAUGCUAAUGGACCCCAGACUGUUGCUGACUAUGAACGGUUACUUCUUGGAGAGCCAGAUUCUAGUCUGUUGUGGUUGAAGUACAUGGCUUUCCAGUUGGAGCUGGGAGAAGUGGACAAGGCAAGAGAAAUUGCCGAUCGUGCUUUGCGAACCAUGAGUAUUGGACAAGAUACAGAGAAGCUCAAUGUCUGGGUUGCACGGCUCAAUCUGGAAAAUACCUUUGGCAAUGACGACACUCUUGACGAGGUCUUCAAGAGCGCCUGCGAGUAUAACGAUGCUCAUGAAAUAUACGACAGGAUGAUAAGCAUAUUCAUUCAAUCAGGCAAAGCAGAGAAAGCGGAUGAGCUUUUCCAAACUGCCCUGAAGAAAAAGGUCUCUUCCACCCCAGAUUUCUUCUUAAACUAUGCAAACUUCCUGUUUGAUACCAUGGAAGCUCCUCAGCGGGGCCGUGACCUACUCCCCCGUGCAUUACAAUCUCUACCUCCCCAUACCCAUGUUGAAGUUACAUCCAGAUUUGGUCAGCUGGAAUUCCGCUCCCCUAACGGAGAUAUCGAGCGUGGAAGAACAGUAUUUGAGGGUCUCUUGUCCUCGUUCCCCAAGCGCAUUGAUUUGUGGAAUGUGUUGUUGGAUUUGGAAAUCAAAGUUGGUGAUGAAGAGCAAGUGAGACGGCUCUUUGAGCGCGUGCUUGGAAUCGGCCAUGGUGUUGUCGCAGCCGAUGGAACCAAAGGAGGCCCCAAAAAGAAACUAAAAGAAAAGCAAGCCAAAUUCCUUUUCAAGAAAUGGCUUGCGUUUGAAGAGAAGAUUGCCCCUGAAGGGGAUACAAGGAUGGUGGACGAAGUCAAAGCUCGUGCCGCAGAUUAUGUCAGAUCUAUCAAAGGAGAUGCUUGA